GAGAAGCUUUGCAAUACCCAGUGGCAGUGGAGCGGCGCUAAAUAUUGUACAGCUCCUUCAUCAAAACAAAGCCUAUCACAAAAAAGAUCAUCUGAAAAGGUUUUCCCCAGAUCAGUAACCAAGAAAUUUCAAUAUCAACCCGAGGCUAUAAAGAGAUCUGUUUUAGAAGAAACAAACAAGUACAGGAAACUGCAUCAAGCGAGUCCUUUGAAAAUGGAUGAUGAAAUUUCUAAUUACGCUGAAGCCUGGGCAAAACACCUGGCUUACUAUGAUCGCCUUGAAACCCGCCCUUUCCCCAUUUAUGGCGAAAAUAUUAUGUGUAUUCGUAAGCCACUGUUUUCCAUCGAGCAAAUGAUGAAGCUGUGGUAUCAGGAAAAGUAUCAUCAUGACUACAUAAAUCCCCGCUUUAGCCCAUACACUGGACAUUUCACUCAAAUGGUGUGGAGGAAUACGAAAUACCUUGGCGUGGGAGUGGCCUCCAACGAUUACCGUAUUUGGAUUGUGUGCAAUUAUGAUCCGCCUGGGAAUACAAGAGGCCACUUUCAGGAGAAUGUUCUGCCCCGAAGACUACUUUUCUAUGAGUCCACAGAGGAGGAAAAUGAAACAAAGAAAAAGGUCCCAUCAUCAAUAAAAAAUCAAGUGAAGCUAAAGAAAGGCCAUUGUAAGAAACUUAAAUUUGCAUGUGAUUGCAGCAAAAGUAAACAAAAAUUAUAAGAAUUAGUUAAGAAUGAUAAUUAAGAGUAAAUCCCUGUAAAAAUGUUGUUAAUCAAAAUAAAACUACCCUUAAAUACUGGA